AUGUGUCUGAGAUACUUACCCAAUGCUGCUGCCCUUAGAACAUCUGCAGCAAUAAACGCAGCGUGGGAUGCCAACACCGGAAAAUGUGGUAUAGGAGGUGUCUACUCGGGUGAAGUCCUGAAUCAUCCUCCGGCCUUCUCCGGAGCUUGUGGUCAUGUAUCAUCGGCUAUCAUGGCGGAAGCCAUUCCCGUUCAUCGCGCGGUCUCUAAUGCCAUGUUCUCAAACGUCCGAUCCCUGGCGGUUCUCUCUGAUUCAUCUUCCCUCAUCAAGUUAUUGAAGGCGGAGGAGCAUCUACCUGAACUGUUCGGUAUCAUGUUUGAUAUCUAUCACUAUGUUUCUCUCUUUGAUGUCAUCUCCUUUAGUUUUAUCUCUCGUAAUUUCAAUUCCGAGGCAGAAUCUGCUUUCGCUGGCUCUGUAAUGAGCUCUGUAAUGAACUCCGCUUUAGGAGAGUAA